GAUUUUCUACUUCUUGUGCAGCCUUUUAUGCACGUGGCCCCAUUGUAUGGUUUAUUGGUACGGCAGGUCCUUUCAAGUUCAAACCCUUAUUUCCUUGGGAUUUUAUGCAAUUUAUCCUUUUGGCUUUCAAAUGGAGCUUUCUUGGGUUUCCCAAUUCUUCUUUUUUCUUUUUUGUUUGACUUCUUUUUUAUUUCUUUUUGUUUUCUUUCUUUUUUCUUUUUCGUUUUCUUCCUUUUGAGAAAGACUUCUUUGAUCUUGUGAUUUGAUCAGGCCGGUUGUCUUGUGAUGGCCGUAACUCCUCCUGCUUCCGGUUCUAUUUCGAUCUUUGCUUCCGUUGGUUCUUGCAUUUUCUUUCUUCUUCUUUGCCAUUUUUAUGUUUUGACGGAGGGGAAUCCUUCAAAAUCUGCUGUUAUGGCUCUAGUUGCUCGGGAUAUUGCCAAGAUGGGGGUGGAUCCCAUUGUCAGAGUGAGCCUUUCUUCUUCCGAAUCCAAGUUUUUUGACAUUUUCCAUUUUCCUAGCUGGUUUGUGGUGAAGGAUGCUUUUCAUCAUGUAAAGAGGAAUCCCAUGACCCUUCCUUUUCCGAUGGAGCAACACUGCAUCCAAGAAAAACACCACCUUCAUUGCCUCAAUUCUUCUAUCUCCGGCUCCUCCAAACCCUCCCCCAAUUCCAACCGCCGAGAUCGUGAAAGGAGGCAAGACAGGGAACGCUGCUCGAAAUGCUACAAUUGCCAGCAUAAGGAGGAAGCCAAGGAGCGUGAGUGUGCGUGGUUGGAGAAAUUGGCGGAUCGAGAUCGUGAGAAGGAGUUGAAGGUUUAAGCUGAUCCAAAGUUGAAGAAAGUUUAUGAUUAAGGUUCAAUGCAUGUUCCUUUGGGCAGAUCUUUGGUUGAAGUAAAGUAAGGAUUGGGCAGCUUUUGAGGACGUAGAGGACUCUGUUAUAGCUAUUCACAGUUGGAGUAGUUUUGUGAAUGCGGAGGUUCUCAAGGUACCCCUUAUUCUCUAAAUGCUCAGCUUUGUAGACCUCUUGUUGAACUUGCAUAUAAGAACAUUUAUUUUUGAAAAAAACAUUUGGGUUGUACUGCUUUAAUUCCGUUCUUUAAAUUUGCUCAGGUUUAUGAUGCUAGUUCCCAUUGUCUAUCUAUUUUCUACAACUCAUUGGUACUUUGGAUUCCUGCUUGUUGCAUGCUAAGGUUGAUCUUAUUUAGAUACAAGGGAAGAGCAAAGGUAUGAUAAACCUAUGUUGUUAGUUUAAGAAUGCUAUGAUGUAUUAAAAAAGAAGAAAGAACUUAUCCCUUUUGCUGCUUUUGUCUUGAAUCGUCCAAUUCUGCUUAUCAGCAAUUGAAUGAGCUAGCUUCAAAGAUUUUGCUUUCAAAAGCUCUGUUUCUAACUUGAGUUUUGGUUUGAAAUUUGCAUUAACUUCUGUAGCACAUCUUGCAUAGCUUUUGUCAGGGUAUUUAUGUACACCUAAAGCUUGCUCGUCGCCUUUUGCUUGGGUGUUUAUGUACAUCCAAACUUACUUAUAGCUUUCGUUUGCCUGUGUAUCUUUUGCUUGGGUAUUUUAUGUACACCCAAACUUGCUCACAACUUUUUGCUUGUCUGUGUAACUUCUGCUUGGGUAUUUAUGUACACCCAAACUUGCUCAUAGCUUCUUCGCUUGCAUAACUUUUUCUUGGAUAUUUAUGUACAUCCAAACUUGCUCGCAGCUUUUUGCUUGUUUGUGUAACUUCUGCUUGGGUAUUUAUGUACACCCAAACUUGCUCAGAUCUGGAGAGGAAGAAGGGAGAAGAGAGAGAGAGAAUAAGAAGAAGGAAAAAGA